AUGAACAAUGUUGGAACGGUAGCUCUGCGCAUAGCAAGGAAUGGCCUGCAGGCCUCGACUCUCCAGGCCCCUCUCAGGCCUGUUUCGCGAGCAUGGCUCAUGAAUCUAUUUUCCUGUCACAGCGAGGGCUCUCUUUCAUUCUCGCGAUCACGCAAUCCCCUUCUCCAGUCUCCUUUCCUCAAAGUCCCAUUGCGCCCCUUCUCGCAGUCUUCGCAAUGCAGCUUCCGCCAGUCUGCCAUUGUUCAGAAACUCAAAACUUAUGGUUCUGACAACAAGCCUGAGAAAGGACUGAGAUUUCAGGACGCCGAGCUCAGCAGAGAGCAGAUAUUGUCUAUCUUCGGACGCCCCGCUCCACCGCCUCAGUUUGCGAACAGACUGCUCCGAGUCCUCCAUGGCCGCCGCCACGAUGGAACGCUUGAUCUGCCGCUCCCAAAGGACGUUGAGUCGCAGUUGGGGAACUAUCCCCAGGCGGUCGAGGACGGUCUACGCUUUUUGAGGCAGGCGUACCCAAUCGACGAAGAUGAGGCUAUUAUGUACCGCAUUGAGCGGGAAGAAGACAAGCUCGAAAAGGACCACCCUUCGGUUCUGAUGCAAAGGGGACAAGAUAUCGGCCUCUACAGAGCACACAAAGCGCCGGAAGACACCUAUUACGGUCCCCAGAGUGGGUACUAUCAGGCUGAGCUGAGCGAAAGAGAGAGCGACCCGUAUGGAAAGAGCGAGCUAGACAGGAUCCGCGCAGAAAAUGAAGCCAAACGUGAAAGGGAAGAGGCGGAACUACAAGCACAAAUCGACAGGGAGAUGGCAAAAGCCCAAAAGGCCCAGACUGAGCGAUCCAGAGCACUCGCUCAGCGACCGGAACAAGGAUUAGAGACCGCCAAAGAGCUGAGGCCGCCCAACAGGUUUGAGAGAUGGGUGCUGAGAGCUCGUAAUCGAGCCCAGUCAAAGCUAACACUCGAAUCGCCAGAGAUCGCUCAGAUGACCAUGCUGCGGCGCCUGUUUCCUUCGCUACUCCUGGUCGCAUUAUUGUGUGGUGGUUGUUACAUCUUUGCCCAAGUCUGGACUCGACCAAAACAGUCCGAUCGACUCUUCCCGGAUGUGUCGCUUUCCUUCGCCACUAUUGGCACCUUGAUUGCCAUCAAUACCGCCGUCUGGUUGGCUUGGAAGUUCCCACCUUGCUGGUCUAUGCUGAACAAGUACUUCUUGUUUGUUCCCGCUUAUCCGUAUGCACUGAGCAUGUUGGGGAACCUCUUUAGCCACCAAACACUGUGGCAUUUGACGAUGAACAUGGGGGCUUUGGCGAUCUUUGGUCUUCCUCUCCACGAAGAGAUUGGCCGUGGUAACUUUCUAUCCAUCUACUUUACUUCGGGUCUGGUGGGGGGCUUUGUGAGCUUUGCGCGCCAUCUUGCUCAGCGCAACAUGGCAACUUCGGUUCUGGGUGCUAGCGGAUGCGUGUAUGGCAUCAUAUCCGCAUAUCUUGCUCUUCAUUUACGUGACAACUUCUCUCUUAUAUUCAUCCCCCACGACUGGACGGACAGAUUAUCUUUCAGCGGCCAAACAGUCUUGAUAGUUCUUACAUUGAGCCAAGUGUUUGGGGCGUUGGGCCGUCUAGGGAGGUACGACUACAUCGACCACUUAGGCGGGAUGGCGGUGGGUUACGUCUAUGCUCGGUGGCUGCAGAGCAACGGUCACAGGAGAAGGGAAGACACGACCAGGCUGGGUGCAUGGUGGACGAACCUGGUCGGGAAAAAGCCGUGA